AUGGUGCAGAAGUCGCGCAACGGGGGCGUGUAUCCGGGCACCUCGGGCGAGAAGAAGGUGGGCUUCGUGGGGCUGGACCCCGGCGCCCCCGAGUCCUCCCGCGACGGGGCCCUGCUGAUCGCCGGCUCCGAGGGCGGCGGCGGCGGCGGGGACGGCGGCGGCGGCGGCAAACGCGGCUCCAUCCUCAGCAAGCCCCGCUCGGCCGUCAGCGGGAAGCCGCCCAAGAGGAACGCUUUCUACCGCAAGCUCCAGAAUUUCCUCUACAACGUGCUGGAAAGGCCCCGCGGCUGGGCGUUCAUCUACCACGCUUACGUUUUUCUGCUGGUUCUCUCCUGUUUAGUCCUCUCCGUCUUUUCCACCAUCGAUGAUUACGAAGAGAGUUCUGCAUGGGCCCUUUACAGUCUGGAAAUUGUCACUAUUGUGGUCUUCGGAGUGGAGUACUUUGUACGAAUCUGGGCGGCUGGCUGUUGCUGUCGGUACCGAGGUUGGAGGGGAAGAUUAAAAUUCGCCCGCAAGCCAUUUUGUGUGAUCGACAUCAUGGUGUUAAUUGCCUCCAUUGCUGUGCUGGCCGCUGGGUCACAGGGGAAUGUUUUUGCCACCUCCGCGCUCAGAAGUUUGCGCUUCCUACAGAUCCUGCGCAUGAUUCGAAUGGACCGCAGAGGAGGCACCUGGAAGCUUCUGGGAUCGGUGGUGUACGCCCAUAGCAAGGAGCUGAUCACCGCUUGGUAUAUUGGAUUCCUGUGCCUAAUUUUAGCCUCCUUCCUGGUGUACUUGGCUGAGAAAGGAGAGAACGAUCACUUUGAUACGUACGCAGAUGCCCUGUGGUGGGGCCUGAUUACUCUGACCACCAUUGGUUAUGGGGACAAGUAUCCACAAACCUGGAAUGGGCGUCUCCUGGCAGCAACCUUCACUUUGAUUGGGGUUUCCUUUUUUGCUCUCCCAGCAGGAAUUCUAGGUUCCGGCUUCGCCUUGAAGGUUCAAGAGCAGCAUCGUCAGAAGCACUUUGAAAAAAGAAGAAAUCCUGCAGCUGGUUUAAUUCAGGCUGCCUGGAGGUUCUACGCCACUAACCUCACUCGAACCGAUUUGCACUCUACCUGGAAUUACUACGAACGGACCGUCACCGUUCCCAUGUACAGCUCACAACCACAAACCUAUGGUGCCUCCAGGCUCAUUCCACCUUUGAAUCAGCUCGAGUUGCUGAGAAAUCUGAAGAGCAAAUCAGGAUUAACUUUCAGGAAAGAACAACAGCCAGAAUCAUCUCCAAGUCAAGCCACUCGGUGCAGAAAACCUUUUUGUGGAUGCUGCUCAGGAAGUUCUAGUCAAAAGGUCAGCUUGAAGGAGCGUGUCUUCUCCAGCCCUCGAGGUGCGACCACGAAAAGUAAAAGUUCUCCUCAGGGGUCAAGCAUCCGAAGAUCCCCCAGUGCGGACCAGAGCAUGGAAGAUAGCCCAAGUAAAGUCCCCAAGAGCUGGAGUUUUGGAGACCAGACUCGGGCUAGGCAAGCUUUUCGCAUCAAAGGAGCCGCGUCCCGUCAGAAUUCGGAAGAAGCAAGCCUCCCUGGAGAAGACAUGCCUGACCCUGACAACAAGAGCUGCCACUGUGAAUUUUUGACAGAAGAUCUUACACCAGGCCUUAAAGCCAGCAUCCGGGCAGUGUGCAUCAUGCGGUUCCUGGUUUCCAAGCGAAAAUUCAAGGAGAGCCUGCGGCCGUAUGAUGUGAUGGACGUCAUUGAACAGUAUUCAGCAGGACAUCUGGACAUGCUUUCCCGGAUUAAAAAUCUUCAGUCCAGGAUAGAUAUGAUUGUGGGUCCCCCACCCUCUUCAACUCCCCGGCAUAAGAAGUAUUCAGCCAAAGGAUCACCCCAAUACUCGCCUAGAGUUGACCAGAUCGUGGGGCGUGGACCAUCACUGACCGACAAAGACCGCACCAAAGGCUCGGCCGAAGGAGAAUUGCCAGAAGACCCGAGUAUGAUGGGCAGACUUGGCAAGGUGGAAAAACAGGUUCUCUCCAUGGAGAAGAAGUUGGACUUCCUGGUCAACAUCUACAUGCAACGGAUGGGCAUCCCGCCUAAUGAAACGGAGGCCUAUUUUGGUUCCAAAGAGCCUGACCCAGCACCUCCCUAUCAUAGUCCAGAGGACAGCCGGGAACACAUUGAUAAAAAUGGCUGCAUUAUCAAGAUCAUCCGCUCGACCAGUUCCAUGGGGCAGAAGAAUUACUCUGCCCCGCCACCAGCCACAACGAUGCCAAACAACUCCUGUCCUCCCUCCACCUCUUGGCAGCACUAUCCCCGCCCGAGCUACGGGUCCUCCCCGGUGGGCGAUCCUGGUCCCUUGGUGAGAAUCCCGCCGCCGCCUUCCCAUGAGCGCUCCUUGUCGGCUUACGGCAGCAACAACCGAGCCAGUUCCGAGUACGCCAAGAACGAAGAUGUGACUGCUAAACACCCCGAAAGCGCCCUGAGGGACAGCGACACUUCUAUUUCCAUCCCAUCGGUCGACCACGAGGAACUGGAGCGUUCCUUCAGCGGCUUCAGCAUUUCCCAGUCCAGAGAAAAUCUGGACAUCCUGAACAACGGUUGCUAUACCGCGGUGGCCAAAAUCAGACCUUACAUUGCAGAAGGCGAGUCGGAUACCGAUUCUGACCUCUGCACACCUUGCGGCCCUCCACCAAGGUCAGCCACGAGUGAGGGACCUUUCGGUGAUCUAGGCUGGUCAACCCCAAGACAGUGA